GUGGUGUGUCCACUUCUUUUUCCUCAGAAUCCCACUCACGGAUGGUGUCCUCCUCCUUCCAUGGAGCUUCAUUUCAAGAAAAAUUGUAAAAAAAAAUGGCUGAUAGUGACUCGACUCUAUAACUCUUUAUCACUUGGUAACUUCAGGUACACCCCACUAGCGACAUCUGCCUGUUAUUCAAUUGCUGUUCUGUAUGCAUCUCACUUGUUUGCUAUACUUGCCUGUUGGUUUGGCAUUACUCGGGAGCUUUCGUCAUGGAUCGUGCCAAAAAUCGUGCUCAAGUGUACUACAGUGGUGAUACUUAUCGUAAUGACAUGUAUAUUGACCUACUUUAUCCUGAACAAUCCUCGUUAUAUUGGAGGAGCUAUAGCACGUGGAUUGAACGUCGACUACCUUGAACACAAAAGUGCGAUUGACUUCGGCACAGUGGUGCUGGUAACGGUGACGGCAGCCUUGGCAAUGGGCCAGAUAUGGUUACUGUUACUGAUUAUCGGCUGCUACAGAGAGACACGUCAGAAAGAAUUGCGUCGGCUGUUGGAAAAGGCACUACGCAAUGAGAAACUGAAAGAGAACGAAAGAAAGAGAAGCAAAAAAGGUGGUUGGUAUGAUGUAAUUUUUAGGUUGGACGAGGUUACCAUGACAGAAAUAAAAUGGAAGGGGUAUCCGGACGAGUUUUCACUCGUUGUAACUGCGCAAGCUGGCUACAUCAAGCUAGAACUGUACAGAACAGCUUUCCUCUGUCGCUAUGGGUCAUGA